AACAAAAUGUGUACCCCUAGCAUUUUUCUAUAAAAAGCUCCUCUUUGCCUAUUUCUUCUGUGCCUAUGGAGUCUCCUCCGUCGCUCUCCAGAUACGCUACCAAGAAAAUAGUGUUCCAAGGAGGAAGCUCAACGGAUGAGGAUGUGAUUGAAAUCCCACCUCCAAUUAACCGAAGUUCAAAGAUUCUAAAGCAAAAAGAGAUUUCUGUGCAUGAUGUCAUUGAUCUUGACAUAGAAGAUGAUUAUAAUGAGGCUAGGCUGGGCAAAGGGUCUUUUCUGUCUAAUGGAAAAGAGAAGGUAUUUAUUGAUCUUCCACAUGGUCCUUGCGGUGGUUCAGAAAUUACUACUGCUGUUAAGGGGGUUCAGACUCCAAAGGAAAAAUUCUCUCCUGGAUCACAAAGUGCAAUAAUCUUAGAUGAUUUUGAAUUAUUUGGAGACGAGUAUUAUGGUGAGUCAAUGUGUGGUUCGAACAAAAAUUUGCUAUCACACUCCAAGGUGAGGAAGAAGGUUUCUUCAAGUAGUGGCUCCAAAUUUGGGCAUAGGAUUAUAAAGCCGGAGUCAUCUGUCCCUGCUUUGGGUCAUGCUUUAGGGAAGAGAUCAGAUGCAACCGAUAGUUCACUUGACACAAAUUCAAGAAAGAAGUCAUUUGUUUUUCCCCAUGAAGCCACUUCAUUUGGUUCACAUAAUCUAUCUGCUCCAGUGGAGUCUUCUCUUUUUACAGUUGCAGCCAAGUCUUCUAUGACUGAUUGGAUGAACUUCCCCCUAAACUCUACAAACUACCCCACUAUAGUGCCCUCGGCACCUUUGAGUUACUUUCCUGGCUUUGUUCCGGCUGGUACUCCUGUCAUAGGUCACAAUUACGCAACUGCUACAGGAAUUGCACCUAAUUCAUUGCAGUCAAUUGGUAUCGGUGCACAGUCUAAAAAUAUUGAUGAAGCACUUGGGAGAUUUCGUGCUUUCAAGAAAUUCGAUAUGGUGCAGGAUGAUUCAGGCCAUCACUAUUCUAAAAAUGCUUCAAAAACGCCAUCAAAAGCCUUGGUCAAAAGAAUACAGGAGGAGUGGAAGAGCCUAAAGAAAGAUCUGCCUGAUAAGAUAUUUGUUAGAGUCUAUGAAUCAAAAAUGGAUCUUUUGAGAGCAGUUAUAACUGGAGCUGCUGGAACUCCCUAUCAUGAUGGACUCUUCUUCUUUGAUGUUUACUUUCCUUUUAACUAUCCUAACGUUCCACCGAAAGUAUACUACCAUUCUGGUGGUCUUCGUAUCAAUCCAAAUUUGUACGAAUGUGGAAAAGUAUGCCUGAGCCUCCUGAACACUUGGAGUGGUUCUGGGAAGGAAAAGUGGAUCCCACUUGAAUCAACAAUUUUGCAAGUUUUGGUUUCUAUACAAGGGCUGAUUUUGAAUGCCAAGCCCUAUUUUAAUGAGCCAGGAUAUGCUUCCUCUAAAGGGACUCCUUCUGGUGAGAAGAAGUCACUACAAUACAACGAGAACACAUUUAUCUUAAAUCUGAGAACAAUGAUUUACUCCAUGCAGAAUCCGCCAAAGCAUUUUGAAGAUUUUGUUGUAGGAUAUUUCGUUCAAUCUGCUAAAGAUAUUCUGGUGGCAUGUAAAACAUAUUUAGAUGGUGCUCCAGUAGGUAGCCUAGUUAGUGGAGGGGUGCAGGAUGUUGACGAAGGUGAUAAAAGCUGCUCCGAUGGGUUCAAGAAAACUGUUGCAGGCUUUAUCAGAAAACUUGUAAAAGCAUUUACUAUGGUUGGUGCAAAGGAUUGCGAUAAAUUUCUAUACUUAGCAGGAAAGGCAACCAGCUCCGCUUCUGUUCCCGCGCUUCACUAUUAUUGAGCUGAUCAAAAGUCAUAGCCGAGGAGUACAGCCCCUUGAUUUGCAUUUGAGCAUGGAAAAAUAGCAUUUUCAGAAAGAAGGUUUAUUGUCUAGUAGCAAUUUUAGAUCAAACUUUAUUUUUCAUGGUCAACUUAAAAUAUACGCCGUUUAUGUUUAUAUACAAGUUAGUCCCUUGUGUAUAGUUUUUUGAAUGGCUUUUGGAAGAAAAAACUAAAGUAAGA